UUCAAAUAACAAACAAUUGUUGCUUAGGGCAAAACUAACCUCUCAUACUUUGACGCAACCAGGGGGAAACUCUCGGCAUCGAUGACCGCCGACGGUCCGUUUACUCAGGCCGGCGAAGCCUUAUCGCCGCCGUCAAACCUCCAAAUCUCCAUGGAGGAAGGUUCUCAGAACAGUGAGCAACUGCUUGAGAAUGAAGGCAACGAUCUUGAUAAUGACUGUGAACAAGUGCUUGAUUUUGAAGGCAAUAACCAUGAGGAUGAUAGAGAUUGUGAUAUAGCUAUAGAUGAUGGCCAAAAUGGUUUAUCUCAAGGAAAGGACUACCCCCCACCAGUUGUCGGGAUGGAGUUUGAAUCAUAUGAUGAUGCUUAUAACUAUUAUAAUUGCUAUGCAAGAUAUCUGGGAUUUGCUAUUAGAGUGAAAUCUUCAUGGACAAAACGUAACAGCAAAGAGAAACGUGGAGCAGUACUCUGCUGCAAUUGUGAGGGUUUCAAAAUGGUCAAAGAAGCUAAUAGUCGAAGGAAGGAGACGCGAACUGGUUGUUUGGCAAUGAUAAGGUUGAGGUUAGUGGAAUCCAACAGGUGGAGGGUGGAUGAAGUUAAGCUUGAACACAACCAUUUGUUUGAUCCUCAAAGAGCCCAAAACUCCAAGUCACACAAGAAGAUGGAUGCAGGGGCCAAAAGAAAGAUGGAACCUGCUCUUGAUGUUGAAGUACGAACAAUUAAGUUGUAUCGAACACCUGUUGCAGAUUCAAUGGCUUGUGGAAGCUCAAAUUCAAAUGAAAGUGAAAUCACUCACCACGCUGAGCACUUGAAGCGUUUGAAGCUUAAAAGAGGAGAUUCGCAAGUCAUGUAUAAUUAUUUUUGUCGGAUGCAGCUGACAAAUCCUAACUUUUUUUACUUGAUGGAUCUUAAUGAUGAAGGGCAUCUGAGAAAUGUCUUUUGGAUUGAUUCUCGGUCUAGGGCUGCAUACCGCUACUUCGGUGAUGUGGUUGUAUUUGACUCGACAGGCUUGUCAAGCAAAUAUGAGAUUCCACUAUUGGCAUUUGUUGGGGUUAAUCACCAUAGACGACCUGUUUUAUUGGGUUGUGGUUUGCUGGCUGAUGAAACAGUAGAGACUUAUAUUUGGUUAUUCAGGGCAUGGCUUACAUGUAUGUCCGGUCGACCUCCUCAGACUAUCAUUACAGACCAGGGUAAGGCUUUGCAGAAUGCAAUUGCAGAGGUGUUUCCAAGGGCUCACCACCGCCUCUGUUUGUCUCUUGUCAUUCAAAGCAUUCUUGAGAAUUUAGGAGAAUUGCAGGAAUCUGAAGCAUUUCAAAGAGUCUUGAAUAGAACAGUCUAUGACUCUAUAAAAGUGGAUGAAUUUGAAAUAGCUUGGGAAGAUAUGAUCCAGCGCUUUGGAAUUAGGGGUCAUGAGUGGCUUCAAACUUUAUAUGAAGAUCGAGAACGAUGGGCUCCUGUUUAUUUGAAAGACACAUCUUUUGCUGGAAUGUUUGCUUUUCUACAGGAUGAGUCCUUAGGCCCAUUUUUUGGCGGUUAUGUGCAUAAACAGACUUCCUUGAAAGAUUUUUUUAAUAUUUAUGAAUCAGUUCUAUCAGAAAGAUAUCACAAUGAAACGAUUGAUGAUUUUGAGUCCAGAGAUUUGGGUCCCUUGUUAAGAACAAGAUGCUAUUAUGAGCUGCAGCUGUCUAAAAUGUAUACAAAAGGAAUAUUUAAUAGGUUUCAGGAUGAGGUCGAGAUGAUGUCUUCUUGUUUAAGCAUAACUCAAAUUCAUUCCAACGGACCAGUUGUUACAUAUGUGAUUAAAGAACGAGAGGCUGACGGAAAUCUUUUUAGGAACUUUGAGGUAAUGUAUGAUAAUGUAGGAGUGGAAGUUCGCUGCAUUUGCAGUUGCUUUAACUUCAAAGGCUAUCUAUGCCGGCAUGCAUUAUGUAUUCUUAACUACAAUGGUGUGGAGGAAAUCCCAAUUCAGUAUAUUUUGUCGCGAUGGAGGAAGGAUUUUAAACGCCUAUACAUACCAGAUCUUGGCUGCAACAAUGUUGAUAUUACAAAUCCUGUUCAAUGGUUUGAUCACUUACAUAGACGAGCCUUACAAGUUGUCGAGGAAGGGAUGAUAUCUCAAGAUCAUUACAUGGUUGCUUGGCAAGCAUUUAAGGAGUCUUUGAACAAAGUUCGUCUUGCGGCAGACAAGCCUUUAUAAAUGGUAACAUUCAGCUGUAAAUUCUUUGUAGCAUUUUUUAUUUUUCAGUUCAUACAUUAAGCUCUUCUGAAUUUGUAAAUGGCUCAUGUCACAUGGCUGCUGUCAAAAUUAGAACUCUCUAUUGUAUAUGUUAGUGACAAUCUUUUUCAGAAACAUAAAUAGCCAGCUGAACCAGUUUUUGGUUAGAAAAA